AUAAAAUUGAAAACUCAUGUCAAUCACUGAACUUUUUGCAUCUCCAAAUAUUCGUAUUUUCACUUUCAUGAAAGCUUUGUGUAGUAACACGAAACGUCAUCGGAAUUUGUGCUGAUCCAGAGAGAGAAGCAGCAUCAUGAUGUUGAAUAUGACGUACAGAAGUUUGGUGUUGGGACAAAACAGCCGGGUAUUACAGCAAUGUGGCAGAUUUUUCAGUGAUAAAGUUCCUGCAAAUAAAAAGGAAGGCAAAGUUGAGAAGGAAGAAGUAAAAGAAAGGGAGUAUGUGGGACCAGGAAGCGAGCCAAGGUCAGCAUUGAAGGUACUUAAGAAUGAGUUCGAGCCAAUGUUUUUUGGGAAAGGUGAGAAGCAGGAUGCUACAGUGCCACGAAGAACAGACUUUUUGAUUAUUGGGGGAGGGUUGACGGGAACCGCCGUGGCGUUCUUUCUCAAACAGCACGCAGACAUGUAUGAUGUUACAAUUGUGGAGAGGGACUAUUGUUACACACGAGCGUCAAGCAUGCUAUCAGCAGGCGGACUGCGACACCAGUUUACUAUACCAGAGAAUGUACAGAUGUCUAUGUAUACCACAGAGUUCCUUAAAACCUACAAAACCUUGCUCGGAGUGAAAAACCAGGACACUCCGUGUGUGGACUUCCAUCCCCAUGGUUACCUGUUCCUAGCCCCGGAAGACCGUGCUCAGUUCCUCUUGGAAUGUGUUCAAAUGCAGAGAGAACAGGGAGCAAAGACCGUUAUUCUCGGUAAAUCAGAGCUGGCAGAGAAGUUUCCUUGGAUAAAUCUGGACGGGGUUGAGUGUGGCUCAUAUGGUACUGAGGGAGAGGGUUGGUUUGACCCCUGGCAGCUCGUGCAGGCCAUGAAGGCAAAAAACAUCGAGCUAGGGGUGCGUUACUGUGAGGGCGAUGUGGUCAAGUUCCGCUAUGAAGAUGUACAGACCACAGAGGGGGCUGGGUUCCGCAUGAGCAAGCAACCUAUAGGAGUAGAUGUAGAGCACCCAAAUGGUAAGACAUAUGGCUGUGAUGCUUCAGUCAUGGUCAAUGCCGCUGGGCCCUGGGCAGGAGAGAUUGCUAGAAUGGUCGGAAUUGGGGACCCAGAGCUAACAGACGAUAUUGUCCUACCUGUGGAACCCAGAAAGCGAUUUGUGUACACUGUACACUGCCCAGAAGGCCCGACCCUCGACUGUCCAUUCCUGAUUGAUACUUCUGGGGCGUACUUCCGGCGGGAGGGGCUCGGGGGACACUACAUUUGUGGGGCCUCACCCAGUGAGGAUCAGGAGCCGAGUAUAGCUGAUCUCAGCGUUGACUAUGACUUUUACCAGAAUGUUGUGUGGCCCAGCAUUGCUCACAGGGUACCGGCAUUCAACAAUUCAAAGUUGAAGAGCGCAUGGGCUGGUUUCUAUGACUACAACACUGUUGAUCAGAACCUCAUCAUCGGCCCUCACCCAAAGUUCCGUAACUUCCUGUUUGCAAACGGGAUGAGUGGCCAUGGGGUGCAACAAGGGCUCGCCAUAGGAAGGGCGCUGUUUGAACUUGCGUUCUACUCUGAAUACAAAACUAUAGACCUCUCCAUGUUUGAUUUUGGCCGAUUCAAAGAAAAACGACCUGUUCUUGAGGAAGCUAUUGUCUAGCCUAUGUUUGGUGUCUUAUAUUUUUAUAACAGAAUUUUACUGUAGAUAGUAGGUGGUUAUUCUCCUCUAAAGUUGAUCACAAUUAUUGCUUGCAUACCAUAGAUGGUAUUAAAGCUUCACUUUCACAGAUUGGCAGUUUAACAUUUUUUAUUUAUUGCCCCAGGAUAAGCUGAUUUUGCAAUCAAUGUCUUCAAUUUGGUUAUAUAAGAUAACUCACUAUAGAGCAGAUCUCAAUUUUAAGGUAAACUGCCAAUAAUUUCAUUUUUAGCUCGACUAUUCGAAGAAUAAGGAGAGCUAUACUACUCACCCAAGCGUCGGUGUCGGCGUCACCCCUUAGUUAAGGUUUUGCGUGCAAGCACACAUAGGUUAAUAUCUCAGCAACUACUUGAGGUAUUGCAUUGAGACUUUAUACAAUGGUAUUCAACCAUCCAACCUACUUAAUAAACCAAGUUUGAUAACUCUACUUUGCAUUUAAUGCCAAAAAUAGGCCUUUAAUAUUUGACUUAGAAAUUCUGGUUAAGGUUUUGUGUGCAAGCACACAUAGGUUGAUAUCUCAGCAACUACUUGAGGUAUUGCAUUGAGACUUGAUACAAUGGUACUCAACCAUCCAACCUACUUAUUUAACCAAGUAAGAUAACUCUAGUUUACAUUUAAUGCAAAUAAUAGGCCUUUAUUAUUUGACUUAGAAUUUCUGGUUAAGGUUUUGCGUGCAAGCACACAUAGGUUAAUAUCUCAGCAACUGCUUGAGGUAUUGCAUUGAGACUUGAUACAAUGGUACUCAACCAUCCAACCUACUUAUUUAACCAAGUAAGAUAACUCUAGUUUGCAUUUAAUGCAAAUAAUAGGCCUUUAUUAUUUGACUUAGAAUUUCUGGUUAAGGUUUUGCGUGCAAGCACACAUAGGUUAAUAUCUCAGCAACUGCUUGAGGUAUUGCAUUGAGACUUGAUACAAUGGUACUCAACCACCCAACCUACUUAAUUAACCAAGUUUGAUAACUCUAGUUUUCUUUUAAUGCAAAUAAUAGGCCUUUAUUAUUUGACUUAGAAAUUUUGGGUAAGGUUUUGCGUGCAAGCACACAUAGGUUAAUAUCUCAGCAACUGCUUGAGGUAUUGCAUUGAGACUUGAUACAAUGGUUCUCAACCAUCCAACCUUCUUAUUUAACCAAGUAAGAUAACUCUAGUUUGCAUUUAAUGCAAAUAAUAGGCCUUUAUUAUUUGACUUAGAAAUUCUGGUUAAGGUUUUGCGUGCAAGCACACAUAGGUUAAUAUCUCAGCAACUGCUUGAGGUAUUGCAUUGAGACUUUAUACAAUGGUACUCAACCAUUCAACCUACUUAAUUUUCCAAGUUAGAUAACUCUAGUUCGCAUUUAAUGCAAGUACUUGCCUUUAUUUUUUGGCUCAGAAAUUCUGGUUAAGGUUUUGCAUGUAAGGUUAAUAUCUCAGCAUCUACUGGAUGAAUUGCAUUGAGACUUUAUACAAUGGUAUUCAACCACCCAACCUAAUUGAAUAAUCAAGUUAGAUAACUGUGUUUUGCAAAUAAUGGCCCUUUAUUAUUUUGGUUAAAAUUUUGCAUGUAACCACAUUUAUGUUAAUAUCUCCGCACAUCAUGUAUUGCAUUGAAAUCUAAUCUAACAGUGAUCCAUGCAUGUUUCGCCAAAACUUUUCAAUCCUUACACUGAAAAGCGGCGGAAUAGUCGAGCGCGCUGUCUCUGUGACAGCUCUUGUUCAUAAAGUGUUAGUAAUGCUUUCAGCCAUAACUCAUCAACUUUGGAACAUAUUAUUAUAAAACAUGAACAACUUUCAGCUCAUCUUUUGUCAACAGUCUUGUAUCACUAGUUUCAAAACAUUUAUGCAAAGAUUUUCUCAUUUCAAGACAAGAAAUAAAAAAAGUCAAAACAGUCAAUCUGUUAGAGUGCAACUAAGUUUGAAAAAAAAUUAAUUUCAGGCUAAUCUCAGAAGAUCUCAUAAAUCAUAGGUUAAAAUUGAAAUAUGAUAGCGUAUUAUCUAUUGUAAAAUUUGGUUAUUAAUUAGUGUAGUAGAUGAAAACUCAAGAUGUAGGUCCAGGUGCUAGUGUUAAUUAAAUGUAUGAACAGUGGAAGUACUUUUCCAUCCAAAGAUAAUAAAUGUGUUUGACUUUAAAGAAAUUAAAUUGCUGUAUUUCAUAAUCAAAAUUUUGGAAGAGUGACCAAGAGAAGUUACUAUUUUCUUUGUGUGACUUUGUGAACUGGCCACAGAUAAUGUUCCACAAAUAGUUCAGAUUUGGAUGAAUUUGCUGUCUGAACAAGUUUUGUCUCUUUAUUUGUUAGUGUAUAGAAUCUUUGUAAAAAUAAUCGUGGUAUAAUAUCAUGUUAAUAGCUACACAUUUAGCAUUUUAAUUGCUACAGAAAAUGCACAGAAAUAAUUCCAUUUUGUCAACGUUUAAAAUUUGCAAAUUUGAAAUGUAACAAGUGUGGAACUCUAUGCAAUGACAGUAUUUUUUACAUUGUUUUGAGCAAAUUAUUUUUUGUUUUCAUUGUCUUUCAUAGAAUGUUUAUUGAAAUGUUCCAGGAACAAAUUCUAGUCUUGCAUUAUGUGCAGAUAUAAACAAAUUUACUAAUAAAAAGUCUCAUUUAAUGCAUGAGUAUCGUAUGUUUUGAAUGUUUUAUUAGAAUUAAAAUACGACCAAGAUGCUAUUAAACAUGUACUUAUAAGGAUAAUCAGAUAAAUCUAGUCUUGAUGAAAAUCGAUUGUUUGCCUCUGAAGUCUGCGGUAAUCUAUAACAUUUUCAGAAAGUGAUUAUUGCAAGCAAGAUACAAAAAUCUUUAUUUAGAAUCGGUUAUAUGCAAACAAGAAACAUUACCUCAUCGUCUUCUAUAAUAGUCUAUUGUUAAAAUCUUCACAAGGGGAGUUUUAAAAUAGAAAUAUAAUAAUUUAUUUAAACAUAACAAGCUAUCUGUCAAGGCCACACCCACAUUAGGCUUUUAUUGCAAUGCUUAGGGGUCUGAAAUACCAUUUUAUAAUACUAUUAAAAAUUUAACUACCGGGUAUUAAUAACUGUAUUGUACACUUACUUUUGUACAACAUCUUCAGUUUUUAAAAGUAUCUGAAAUCAAGGACCUAUCAAUCGGCAUCUCUGAUUAUUUCCAAUUAUCAACAAUGGUAUUUGUCCCAAUUUUUAAUCCCUACUUGUAUAUAAUAGUAUGGGGUUGGCCGUUUAGUAUAAAGGGAUGAUUGAAUAAAUGAUUAACAACUGAGGUUCCCAAUAACUAUUGGCAAAAUCUCUGAAUCAAUUAUUAAGAUGUUAUGGUAUUCUCUAAAAUUAGAAAUGUAUAGUGAGUCCUCUAUUUGUUUUGGAAUUCACCUAAAACAUAAAGAUUACCAUCAAUAUUAAAGUAUUUUGAAUACAAAAGUACUGCAGAAUACAGUCAUUUCAUCUUUAUUCAUAAGAUAGCAGCUUGUUUAUUUCAUACUGCAUCAGUUCUGUUUAAGAAAAUAAACGAUUUUUUACUUUGAUUUCAAAAUUGAUGGUUAAAAAUUGAUCGAUACUUAUUUCAGCUGAUUUUUAAUCCCUAAUACCAGGUGUCAUUUUUGAGUUGUUUUAUUCUGGUUGUGAUGUCAUUUUUAUCUUUAGGCAAGUAAUCCUUUUUAAUGUGGUUUUUUUUUCACUACCUCUACAUUUCAAAAAAAUAAACAUUUUGUGUGUAAAGGUUUUUUUUCAGAAUAACAUGUACAGAUAACAACUUUUUGAAAACGACUUUUAAUUGUACGGUUUGUUUCAAAAUGAGUAAUUCAUUAAUUGUACAAAGUCAUGUGUUGUAUGUUAACAUGUCAUGUUGCUACUUUUACAUAAAUUUUUAUUUAAAUAUGAAAUAAUUUAGGAAUUUUAUAUUUAAAACGAAUCUCGAUAGUCAUUAAAGACAGCAUUGAUAAAUGUAUAAGCAUUGUUCAUGUAUUUUUUAUCAAUUUGUAUUGAAUCACUCUUGUUGUUUAUAUCAUUUUAAUAUUAUUGUGAUAUAUUAAAGUAAUAAUUAUCAGUUUGUUGUAGCUAAUUAUUAUUAUUAUUCAUAUGAA